AUGGACUCUCACGCUUCAAGAGGCGGGCACCUGGUUGCCACGGAUGGCCGAGAGGUGGUUUACUGUCACGCCUGCACCCAUGAGUGGUGGCAAGAUGAGCAUGGUCUACAGUGCCCUCGCUGCGAAAGCGAGAUUACAGAGAUUGUUUCUCCCGAGAACGACCCAAGAGAGAUCGAGGACGGUCCUCCGCUGCACGAUUCCCCACGACUCAGACGCCACAUCUACGACGACGAUUCGGAUCCUGAAGAGGCCGAUAUAGAGGAGCAUCUGCAUCGCGGCCCAGGUGGAUUCGUUGUACACCGAGCAAUAUGGGAUAAUUCUCAGCGCCAGGGACAGAGCCCUAACCCAAACACGCGUCAACCCCCCGAUGUCAACGACGGCGACCAGAUCAUUCGACGCUUCAUCGAUAUGGUGAAUGACUUCGGCAUGGGCAUGCCACCAAGGCCUCCCGACGAGACUCGCCCUGCUGGCUUUGGCGCUGGUGGAGGAAACCUCUUUGGCGGCCAGGGCAAUGUUCGCACAUUCCAGAGAACAGGCCCGGGAGGCACCACGAGCUUCACCAUCGCCACUGGGCCUAUCCACGUUCACCAGGGAGGAGCCAACUCGCCUGCCGGGGCUGGAGGCGACCCCUUCCAGUCUAUCUUCAGCAGCGUCCUAGCUGGAGCAGGACCCCCUCAACCGGCCGGUGGAGGACUAGGCCAGGAACAGCGCUCGCCCGGUGGAGCGCCUACACUUCUUCAUGAGAUUCUCAACAUGCUCAAUCCGGCCAACGCCUCCCACGGCGAUGCUGUGUACACCCAGGAGGCCCUGGACCGCAUCAUCUCUCAGUUGAUGGAGCAGAACCCGGCAUCCAAUGCGGCACCCCCCGCGACCGAAGACGCUCUCAGCAAGCUCCAGCGUAAAAAAGUCGACAAGGAAAUGCUUGGCUACGAGGGCAAGGCCGAAUGCACAAUUUGCAUUGAUGAUUUCAAUGUGGGCGAUGAUGCCACGGUGCUGCCCUGUAAGCAUUGGUUCCACGACCAGUGCGUCGUCAUGUGGUUGAAGGAGCACAACACUUGCCCGAUCUGCCGUACGCCAAUCGAAGAGCCCAGCAGUAGCAGCAACAACAAUGACAGCAACGCCAAUGCGAGCGGUUCAAACAACGCCGGAAACGAUAACAACCCUUCGCAACCCCGCUCUGGAGCCGCAGGAGCGUUUGGCUCGCCAGACAGCCAUCAACCACCCCAGUACUGGCCCGGUAGUGACCCGGGUCACUGGGCAAACUCAAUGAGAGCAGUGCCCCCUCGAUCGGGUUAUACGGACGCAACCCCUCCGGUACCGGCUGACUCCACGAGACCCCAGUCAUCAUUCGUCGAUGACCUCUACGGACGCUACGGGGUCUCAAGCACCGGCCGCAGUGAUCCGCAACGUCCACAGGAGACGAGUCGAAUGCCUAGCUUCCGAUCGGCUAGACGAGACUCUCAUUCGCCUCCCAGCCUUCGCCGACACCAGUCCGAUGUGUUCCGAGCUAGGCAGCGGAGUCCCUCGUCUGGUAAUUGGGACAGAGGCCAGGAGAGCAACCAGGACAACAACCAGGACGCCGGAUCCAACCAUGGCCCGCUUAAUUGGCUGAGAAACCAGUUUUCUCGAGGAUCGGGAUCGGGAGACGGUGACCCGCGCGAGAGACGGAGACAGUGA